UAUUUUUUUAUAUUUUAUCAGUUAGAUUUCAAAUAAAUGUUAUUUAUAAAGACAUGCAAGCUGUCAAAGUUCUAAAAAAAAAAAAUAGAACAGUAUCACCAUUAGUUGAACAAGAUGAUGAGACGGAAUUAAAAGCCAUCAGCCCACCACCAAAAGAAACUGAUUUUGCUUGGUCCAAAAGUAUUGAACACAAUCAAGUAAAUUCUAGUGCAGGGUUGGAAACUAAUGAGUUAUCAACAAGUUUUCUGUUAAGCUCUGGUUCACCUGUUAAGAAUGGUGAAGAUGCAUCAUCUCGUUCAAGUACACCAUCGAGUUCAACAGGGUUUUUAAAGCGGAUAAAAAAAAAUGCAGUUGCACCAUAUAAUGAAGAGACUUCCUUUAAUGCUGCAGAUAAUAAAAUCUUUGAGGAAGAUAAUAAACCUAGUGAUGUGUCAGUUGUUGAGGCAUUAGAUGUGUCAGUUGUUGAGGCAUGGGGAAAUGACAGCAUUGAGACUUCUGAUCCUAGCACUCAAUUAUUUAACCAAAAUACAUCGACUCCUUCAUACAGACCUGAAUCUGUAUCAUCCUUUACCUCAAAAGGUAAAAGAACAGCAAAAGUUUCUCCUUUAUCAGAAAACGAAAAUCAAGUUGAUGCAAUUUUUAAAGACUUGCCCAGCAAUGAGUUGAAGGAGAAAGAAACAAGCAUAGUUCCCACAAAUAAUACUUUUAAAGAAAAAUCAUCAAUAAUAUCUGAAAUUGAAAAAGCCUCUGAUACAAAAGUUGUCAAAAAAGAAGUGACUCCUCAAACUUUAAAUAACCAUGGAGUUAGUUCUUUAGUUUCUGUUGAUGCAGUGUUGGCUCCUCCUCAGAUAUGUGGAGAGCAGGAAGCUUACAUUCCGAUCAGUUAUGCAAAGCAAUGUAUCCAAAAGGUUGUUGAUGAUAUGAAGAAAAUGAAAGAAAAUCACUAUGUUGUUGUAGAGAAAAUUCAACAUCAUUAUAAAUUAAUUGAGGAAGACACUCAGGUGCAAUUCAAUGACUACCUUAAUAAAUUACGAAAUGAAUAUUCUCAAAAAGUAACUACUUUUAAGCAAGUGCUUGAAUCUCACAAUGCAGAAUUUAAAGAACGGGAAAAUUUUUACGAACAAGCUAUAAAGAGUUUAAGAGAUAAAAAUCGCUAUUUGAUUGUUGAAAAACGAAACUUUUUAUCAAAGUUUAAAGACUCAAAUGCAAUUAAAGAACGAGAAAAAACUCAACUUUUGGCAGAUUUGACAACAAUGCUGGAUGAUAAACACAAAGAGUAUGUUAAAUUGUAUGAAAAAUACAAGAUAGAAGCAAAAGAAACAGAAACGCUUCAAAUAGAAAAUAAUUGUUUGAAAAAUGAGCUGCAUUUAUUGAAAUCAAAACUAGAUACAAAUGAAACAGAGAACAAGAGAAUCAUUGAAGAACUUUCAUUAACACAAAAGGAAAAUAACAAUAACAAACUCCAAAUGGAUAUAAACAAAAAAGAUGUUGAGCAAGUUGUUGAAGAAAAAAUAAAAUUGCUAGAGGAGAUUAAAAAAUUGCAAGGCAAUCUUGAAGAAAAAGAGAAGGAUAUUUCUUCUAAAGAUCAAGAACUAAAGUUACGGUAUAAUGGUUUUGAAGAAGAAAAAAAAUUAAAUAUUCAUGAUUUUGAGAAAAAAAACCAAGUUCUUGAGCAAAAAAUCAAAGAACAAAAUGAAGCAAUUAAAGAAAUGGAAAAACAAAUACUUAGUUUACAAAAGCAACAUUCAGUUCUCACUGAAACAGUAUCAAAACAACCCUCAGAAAUCAUAAGUGAAGCAGCAUCUAAACAAACCACAGAAGUCAUUAAUGAAGUAACACCAAAGUCAUCUAUAGAAGUUGUCAAAGAAGUACCUCUAAGUCAAUCAAUAGAAGUACAUAAUGAAGAAAAACAAAGAGAAAAAAUAGAUAUUUUACAACAGCAGCCUGUUGUUGGUUCAACUGAUGAAUCACAAUUUAAUAAUCUCUUGAAUGAAAUUGAAUCUUUAAAAAGAACAAUAAAUGUGCUACAGUCAGAAAAAUUAAAUGUUAAUCCUCCUUUAAUUGAAAAUGCAGAUAAAUUAAUCAAUGAAAUAGAAGAUCUAAAGAAGUCUCUUGAACAGUCAAUGCAAAACACAAUUGAGUUGGAAAAAGAACACAACAUGGCUAUUGAGUCUUAUAAAAAGCAAAUUCACAGAGCAGAUAAAAAGUUGCAAAAACUACAACAAGAGAAAGAAAGUAUAGAACAGCUAAAAAAUGAUAUUGAAAGUCAAUUAAAAGUUACUAAAGAAAUGACAAAUAAUGAAUUGAGCAUUAAAAAUGAUCUUAUUCAAGAGCUUAAAAAAGAAAUUGAUAAACUGAAUGAAGAAAAAAUUUCAAAAUUACCAGUUAAGGCAAAAGCUGAGAUUCAAUUAUUACAGACCAAACUGAAAGAAAUUGAAAAUCAGUUGGAAGAAAAAAAUAAACAAUCUGUUGAUGAAAAUUCAAAGCAGUUAGAUUUUACUGAAAAAAUAAAUAAUUUAAAUUUGAUUAUUGAUGAGCUCAAAAAGAAACAGGCUGAAUUACCAAAACUCUAUGAAAAUGAGCGAAAGUAUAAAGAAUUGAAAAAAAAAUACAAAGCCCUAGAAGAGAAAAAAACAGUUAUAAAAACUGUCCCUACUAAAGAUUCUACAAUAGAUUCUCCAGACAAAAAUGACACUGAGAAAGAAGAUCUAAAAAAAAAAAUUGAAGUUUUAGAAAAGAUGUUGGAAAAUUCCCAAAAUGAUGCAUCUAAAAAGGACUCAAAAGUUGAAAAUAAAGUUGAUAGUAAAGCAAAUGUUAAACUUGAAAAAGCAAAUGAGAUGUUGAAAGAAAAGUUGGAAAGUUUUAAAAAAUCAGCUCAGGCUGAUGCAGAUAAAAUCAAAGAGUUAGAAAAAGCUGUUAAAGAUGCAAAGGCAGCAGGCAACGAUAAAAAUUCCAAAAAACAAGAAAAAGCACUUAAAGAUCUUCAGGCAAAGAUGGAAUUGGAGCAAAAAAGAGCAAAUAAAAAUAAAGAAGAUCUUGAUAAAGAGAAAGAAGAAAAUAACAACUUGAAGAAGGAAAUUGAAAAUCUUGAAAAUACAAUUUUAAAAGAGAAAGCUGAAAUAGCUAAGCUAGCAGUUGCUGCAAAAGAAGGUGUGGAAGCCAUUGAAAAAGUUUCUGAACUUUCAAAGUCCAAUAAACUACUAAUAGAAGAAAAUAAGACAUUGGUUGAAAACUUCAACAGUGAAAGGGUUCUUCGUAAAAAAUAUUACAAUAUGGUUGAAGAUAUGAAAGGAAAAAUUCGUGUGUAUGCAAGAGCUCGACCAUUGAGUCGUUCUGAAUUAGAACGAGGUAAUUAUGACAUAACUCAAUCUCCUGAUGAAUAUUCCAUUAUUAUUCAAACACCUCGUGGUCCAAAGGACUUUCAGUAUGAUGCUGUUUUUCCACCUGGUACUCCACAAGAAAAAGUAUUUGAAGAUACCAAUAAUUUGAUUCAAUCAGCUGUCGAUGGUUAUAAUGUAUGUAUUUUUGCAUAUGGACAAACUGGUUCUGGAAAAACAUUUACAAUGAUUGGUGAUAAAGAACAAAAGUUUCCAGGAAUUGCACCUCGGUCUUUUCAAGCUAUUUAUGCGCUCAUUAAUGAAAAUAAAAAGAAGUUUUCUUUUAAAACGUAUAUGUACAUGUUAGAGCUGUACAGAGAUAAUCUAAUUGAUUUGUUUUCAACCACAAGAGAUCCUGACAAGUUAGACAUAAAAAAGGAUAAGAAGGGCAUGGUUGUUGUAAGUGGUGCUAUUGUUAAGGAAGCAUUUAGUGCAGAAGAACUUAUGGAUAUAUUUGAAAAAGGUUCUUCAGCACGCCAUGUUGCUUCUACAAAAAUGAAUAGUGAAAGUUCGAGAUCUCAUCUUAUUUUAAGCAUUAUAAUUGAGAGCACUAACCUUACAUCAGGAAAUGUUACUAAUGGAAAAUUAAGUUUAGUUGAUUUAGCUGGUUCAGAGAGAGCAUCAAAAACAGGCGCUACUCCUGAGCAGCUAAAGGAAGCACAGUCAAUUAACAAAAGCUUAAGUGCUUUAGGUGAUGUGAUAAGUGCUUUAUCCAGUGAUCAAGCAUUUAUACCUUAUCGAAACAACAAGUUAACUUUAUUGAUGCAAGAUUCUUUAGGAGGAAAUGCUAAAACGCUAAUGUUUGUGAACAUAUCACCUGCUGAUUAUAACUCUGAUGAGACCAUCACCUCUUUAACGUAUGCUUCUCGUGUAAAACUUAUUACAAAUGAUGCAUCAAAAAAUUCAGAAAGCAAAGAAAUUGCUCGACUCAAAAAUAUCAUAAGCAAAUUAAAAAAAGGAGAGCAAGUUGAAGAAGACGCGGAAUGAUUUUUAGUAGAAUUUUUGAUAACAUUUAUAAACCUGAAAGAACUUAUUCGUCAUUUAUAAACCUACCUAUUUAUAAACAUUUAUUCGUCAUUUAUAAACCUACCUAUUUAUAAACAUUUGUUAAAUGGAAACAGUAAGGGACAAUUUAAAUUUUAAAAGGUAUUUUUUAUCAUGUAGUAGCCACAAUUUUAUUAAUUUUAAUGUCAACUGUUUUUUGUAGGUCUAAAGUAAACAUUAACGUACUUUUAUGUAGUUUUUAUUAAGAUAAAUGUAUUUUUUUAUAUUUUUAAAUUUUACAUAUUUUAAUUGA